AGCUUUUGCGCGACCCGGAAGCAUCUGAGCAGUCAGCAUGGCGGAGCCCACAGACACACAUUAUGAUGAGAUCCCUGAUCUGUCCCUCAGUGAGGGUGAGGAGGAUGAUGAUGAUAAUGAUGAGGAACAAUGGCAGUGGAUGGAGGAGGAGGCUGAUGGCGUGUCAGUGUUCUGCCUUUUCUGUCAAAGGUCACUAAACUCUGUCCCUGAAACUUUCCAACACUGCCAGUCAGAUCAUGGUGUGAACAUCCUACAGCUGGUAAAAGCCCACCGACUUGAUGACUAUGGAUACAUAAAGAUGAUAAACUACAUUAGAACUGUGAAGUGCAGUGGAGAGACUCUGGCUGUGUUAGAUGGUGCUUUGCCGUGGGACAGUGAUGAGUUCAUGAAGCCGGCUUUGCCUGAUGAUCCUCUGCUGCAGAUAGAUUUGGAGGAGCUGGUUGGGGCUGAGUUGGUAGUGGAUGCUGCGGUGAGCGGUCAGGCUGAAGCUUUGCUCCAGAGAGCUCGGCAGGCGGAAGAACAGGCUGCACGAUCGGAAGAGGCUCUGACCCGCGCCAUGGAGGACCUACAGAAACUCAAGGUGCUAGCCCAAGGCCUGGUGCUGAACACAGGGAGAACAGGGCCCCUGUGCUCGGGGGCCAUUGCAGAGCUUCGGGAAGACGAGGACGAAGCGUAUUUCAGCUCAUACGGACAUUACAGCAUUCAUGAGGAAAUGCUGAAGGACAAGGUGAGGACAGAAAGCUACCGGGAUUUCAUCUGUGGAAACCCAGAUGUCUUUAAGGACAAGGUGGUGCUGGACGUGGGCUGUGGCACUGGAAUCCUCUCAAUGUUCGCUGCUCGAGCAGGGGCCAAGAAGGUCAUUGGCGUUGACCAGUCAGAAAUCAUCUACCAGGCCAUGGACAUAGUCAGAUCUAAUCAGCUGGAGAACACCAUCACUCUGAUCAAAGGCAGGAUAGAGGACGUUAAUCUCCCAGUGGAAAAAGUGGACAUCAUUAUUUCAGAGUGGAUGGGCUACUUCCUUCUGUUUGAGUCCAUGUUGGAUUCUGUGCUUUUUGCCAGGGACAUGUAUCUUGCAGAAGGAGGUUCAGUUUAUCCCAACUGCUGUAACAUCAGCCUUGCAGCAGUGGGCGACACCGAGAAACACCGCGACCGCAUUGCAUUCUGGGACGACGUGUUUGGUUUUAAGAUGGAGUGUAUGAAGAAGGCGGUUGUACCCGAGGCUGUGGUGGAGGUCCUGAAACCAGAGACAGUCAUUUCAGAGCCAGCGGUAAUCCAGACGUUAGACUGUAAUGCUGUGACCAUCUCUGAGCUGGAGUUUACUGCAGAUUUCAACCUGAAGAUAACAGCCAGCACACACUGCACUGCUGUGGUGGGCUAUUUUGACAUUUUCUUCAACAGAGGCUGCACGAACAAGGUGAUGUUCUCCACUUCUCCACACUGCACCAAAACCCACUGGAAGCAGACUGUAUUCCUGCUUGAGAAUCCCAUUCCUGUCCAAUCAGGUGAUAAGCUGCCAGGCCGUAUCACAGUUCGUAAGAACAGGAAGGAUCCCCGGGCGCUGCUGGUGACUCUAAACCUUGCUGACUGGAGGCAAACUUACAGCCUUCAGUGAGAAAGAAAAACCUGCUUCUGAUUUAGAGAUGUCAGCAUCUGUCAAAACUACGAAGUGCCUCUCAGUGUCAAAGUCCAGUGCUGAUGAUGGUUAUUCUCUCCGAUUAGGGCUGCACGAUUUGGACAAAAAUGUCAUAUUGUGAUUAUAUUGCUGUAUAUUGUGAUUGCGGUAGAUCUUGCAGUAUAUUAAAACUCAUAAGUGAACGAAAGACACGGUCAGAAUGCAUUGUUUUUACCAAAAUAAUUGCCUUCUGUUGGAUUACAUCAGUGCUGUUUACUGUGUGCUGUGAUCAUCCUGACCAAUCACAGCUCCAGAGGAGUUUCCGAGGGUGUUUUGAUGAAUUAGAAGCUCAUCUGGAGCUGUGAUUGGUCAGGAUGAUCACAGCACUUAUUUACUGAGUGGUCACCAGCCUUGGUCCUGGAGAUCUUCUUUCCAACAGAGUUUAGUUCCAACCUGCAUCUGCAUUCUACGCUCACCAUAAGCUAAAACUAACACUUCUAAUCCAGGCAAUCAGGGACUUCAGAAGAAGUUAAUUACUUGGAGCAUGUGUGGCAGAUUGUGGUUGGUACUAGACUCUGCAGGAAGGUAGAUUUCCAUUGCCAUCUGAGGGCUCAUUUACAUAUUGCAGCCUUCUGGGAUGUGAAUAUUGCAAAGGCCGAUAUCACAAUAGCGAUUAAUGAAAUUGUGCAGUCUUGUCUACACUCUUAAAAAAUGUGGUUCUUCAAGGGUUCCUCAGUAAAUACAGUGGCUCUGUAUAGAGCUAUAAACACCCAACAAAACCUUGGUAUGCUCAAAAUGUUCUCUGCAUGGUGAAAUGGUUCUUCAGAUUGAUGCACCGAAAAGGAUUCUGCUUUCACAAUGUCAAGCUUGCAACAAUAGCAGAUCCCCUUUUGGUGCUCUGUAGAACCAUACACAACACAUUCUCUAUCAAUCUAUAGAACCAUUUCACCAUUUGAGCAUGCAAAUUUGUUCAUGGUUCUAUAUAGAACAAUUGUCUUUACUAAAAAAAAACCUUGAGGAACCAUUUUUUAAGCCUACUUUCCAUUUUUUAUCCAGUUAAGUAUUGUUUAGAGGCUUAGAUGGACUUCAUUUCUGACCAUUCCCCUAGUGACCCAUUUCUGUGAGAUGAAAAGACUAAAUUUGCCGGUUUAUGGCACAGAACAGAGAUUUUAUAUUUUACUCUAGUUCUGAACCACCUUUCUGAAGUCCUACCGAUCUGUGUCCCAGAUCUGAACAUUGGAACUGCUCUGUUUUUUCUCAAUCUGUUUCCGAACCCAGCGGCCAGUCAGCUGCAUUAGAAAAUGCUGACAGUAGAUCUGUAUUUGCAUAGCUCAUUGGACAGCGCUGCUGAUACUACAGCAGGGCUCAAAAACCACAUUAUGAAUCAUAAUUCUAUGAAGGUAACUGAUGACUGUGCUGGCUCUGAGGCUUUGGUUUGCUUAAUAAAGUUUUUUGUGGCUCUUUUUAA